CAGUUCUUAUCUGUGCUAAAAUCAUAAGAGAAGAUUCAUAGAAAUCUGUAAGCUAUCAUAAUGAUUCUAGUUCAUAAUCCCCAAAGGAUUGAUGGAGAGAAGUUUAGGUUUGAAGUAGAAAUUUCGAAUAAUAUUUGGCAUUGAUCUCCAGACGCGCAAGCGCCAGCCGGCAGAUUAUACCUAGUUUUCGUUACACGGUUUCUCCAUUCAUUCACAGGAGCUAACUAUACCGUGGCCAUCUAUUUUCGUUUGUCCAGAGUCCUGAACCGAUCGUGACUAAGGGGAACAAAAAAAUCGUCACCCACGACUUCAUAUUUCCUGACACACUCACAAACAAAAUAAAAAACACUCACCUUAUUCAAUAUCAUAAAAAUGGACAGUAUUUCAUUAGUACACUAAAUCAAUGUCGGUCAUCCUUGACGAAUGUGGAAAUGGUACCGGUUCUCCAUCGAUUUCGAAGGCUGAAGAUAACUUGUCCAAUAGCGACGGUCCGCUGAUCAAGGGUUCUGAAAAUAUUAAUCAAACAACAGUCACCACCUCCUCUCGCACCAUGUCAAUGACAAAUGAAAAAUUAACAAAACGACGUUAUUGUCUGUGGAUCUUAACUUUUAUUUUGUCGAUCAUUGGUCUUUGCAAUCUUUUCCUUAAUAUCACUGUCAUCGCUGUUCUACGGAUCAGUCAAGGAAUGGAAGCUAUGGAGAUGAUUCCUGACGAAAAUCUUGUCAAGUUUUAUGGGAAAACUGACUUGGAUAGGGUGUGUUUGCAAUCAGGUGUUUGUCAAAGCUAUGGUGACGAAUCAAUGGAAGUCUCUGGUGAUGAAGCAGGCGUGCAAAUAGAUGUAAAUGGUCAGAGAACACGCGACGAAACGGGUGCAAAAGUCACAGUCUUACCAAAUGGAACCUCAAUUUCCCAAGUAGAAUCUUUUGAGAUCAGAGAUUCGAGAUCUGGAGCUAUUUACUUUACUACUGAUUUUCCAAAUUUCGGUUUACCAGCUGGCGUAGAAAGAAUAGACGUUAAACUUGCCGAGACCCACAGAAUCACAUCACCGGUUAACGAAAGUCUAACUGUAAAUUCUGACGAUCAAAUUUCUAUGCAAGGCGCUGAAGGUGCUAGCAUGGAAAGCAAAGAUAUCGUCUGGAGUGCGGAUACCGAUAUCUUCUUAAAAAGCGUCAAUGGAAGCAUCGUUCUUGACGCCAAAGAUGGCGUUUCUAUUGACGUUGAAAAUAUACCUGUAACACCGAUGUUUCUGCAAAAUUCACCUGGUCACGAACAGUACAAAGUUUGCGUUUGCAUGCCACAAGGAAAACUUUUUAGAGUUGCGGUUCGUACAGGUUCUAACAGCCGAUCUGUAAACUGUGCUCGUAUCAGUAGAACUCCAGAAAAUGAUCCUUGUUUACGAUAGAAUCUGUUGUAAUUUAAUUAUUUUACAUAUCCAACACUGUGUCUAGUGUACGAACAACUGAAACAAUAAGAAUUGAUUUAUUAUUCCUUCAAUUCUGGAAUCAUUAUUAUAGGAACUCGUAAAUUUAUUACAAGUACUGUAAUUCAGAUUUUAUUUCACAUAUAUGUAUGUAUAAUUAAAUCGCACUCGGCAAUCUUUCAAACAUUACGUACAAUUACAAUUAUAUGUAACAUCGAUCAUUAUGUUACUGUUAUUAGGAAAAAAAUGAUACAUUGAAAUUCAUCGAUAAUACUGUAUCCGCUAACUUUUGUAUAAAAUAAUAAAGACUUUGAAGAAAUUAUCGUCCUGGGAAA